AUGUUGAAGCCUCGUGAAGCGCUGCUUGUGACCCUGUGUUGUGCCUGGGUUACGUCGCUUUCUGCAGACACGUUUCCUAACAACCCAAAACUGGCGGGUGAAGGUGGCCACCUGGUUAUCAGCACAGCUCAGGGAAAGAAUAUCAGCUUUCGCACGGGGUCGGGGCGUGGUAGAAUCCUCUUCAACGGCGAAGAUGUAGCCGCCAUGUUGGAUACGGUGAAGAAUGCUCACGCAAGACUGGCACCGGUUCUCGACACGGACCAGAUGGGUGCAUUGUCGAACAUCAUUCCAAGUGUCCAGAGCCUACAAAGCCAGGUUCUGGGCCUCAUGAAUAGUACGAACUCGCUACGUUCAGAGGUAUCCAACAUCAAGGGACGAAGACUUCGAGUGCUGCAGCGAAGUGUGGUGAAUCCCAUAACUGGUGUAACCGUUCUGGGGACGGAUCUACGGCAGGACGAAUGUGCUUCCAAUCCGUGCCAACAUGGUGGCACAUGCAUCGAUCUCUUCAAAAAGUACCAGUGUCUGUGUCGUGAGAACUGGGAGGGUGCCCAGUGCGAACAAGACGUGGACGAGUGCUCUCGUUACGCUUAUAGUGACCUGGGUUGUCAGAAUGGAGGAACCUGCAUCAACACUCCUGGAGGGUACAUAUGCCAAUGUCCCGCAGCGUACCAUGGCGUGCACUGCACGGAGCAACAUGACGACUGCGCCUCGUCGACCUCGCAAGCUCUCUGCGGCCACGGUACCUGCAUCAGCAGAAAGAACCAAUCGGGACAGGCGGGAUACAGCUGCAUCUGCGACCAAGGUUGGACGAAACGACCUUCCGGCGACGACCCUGCCUGCACUGAAGACGUGGACGAAUGUAACACAGGCCGACACUUCUGCUCACGUCAGCCCCUCGUACAGUGCAUCAACUACCCUGGGGGAUUCACCUGCGGACCAUGCCCAGCGGGAUACAGUGGCGACGGCUUUACAUGCGUGGACAUUGAUGAAUGCCUCGUGAAUAACGGCGGCUGUUCGACUAAUCCUCGUGUGGAUUGCAUCAACACCGUUGGGUCACGUACCUGCGGACCAUGUCCACCAGGCUACGCGGGUGAUGGUGUCCGCUGUAGUUAUGUCGGUCUGUGCUACAGUAACAAUGGAGGUUGUAGCGUGAACGCCAUUUGCAUCGAACACUCGGGAACAUUCCGCGAAUGUCGGUGUCAAGCAGGGUUCGUGGGCCACGGCGUCGGGCCCGCAGGUUGCUUGCCUGCCCCUAACAACACAGGUGUGAUGCAACCCGUCGGACCCAGUCUCAGGGACCCGUGCACUCCUAAUCCCUGCCAGCAUGGUUUCUGUCUGCCAACGUCAACUCCUACAGGUCAGAGUACAUUCCACUGUUCCUGUAGCAGUGGCUACAAUGGUCCACUGUGCGACGCCAUCGUGGAUUCUUGCAAUAGUUCUCCUUGUGAGAACAACGGCACAUGCGUGAACAGAGCGGACGGGUACCAGUGUACCUGCACUGCAGAAUGGACAGGCACCAACUGCGAACACCCAAGACAGGACUGCGGCGGGUCGCUUGGCGGUUACAACGGCACACUGAUGUACCCGCUCACAGCAGACACGUACGCACAUCGCAGACACUGUGUUUGGCACAUCCACACAGCACUUGGAAAGGUGCUCAACAUUACUUUUACCAAGUUCAGCUUGGAAGAAGGCCAUGAAUGUGCCUUCGACUUCCUCGAGAUCCACGACGGGGAAACAAUCUCCUCUCCCCUUGUAGGGCGUUACUGUGGAACGAGCAUGAACGGCAAAAAUCUUACUUCGACGCACCCGGUCAUAACACUCUGGUUUAAAACAGAUCACUCCGUAUCUGGGGAAGGCUUUGCGCUCAACUGGACUGCUGCCGAUCCAGUGUGCGGUAAAGCCCUAGAUGAAGCAGACGUGGGAUCCGUCCAGUCUCCUGGUUACCCUGGCAACUACCCGUCCAGAAGAGAUUGCUUCUGGACUGUCAGAGUACCUGCUGGGAAGAGAAUGCUGUUCCAUUUCGCCACGCUACAAUUAGAGCACCACGACAACUGCAACUACGACUUCUUGAAGAUCUACGACGGUGCCUCCGAGAAUGACCAGUUGAUUGGCAGCUACUGCAGUACGAGUAUUCCCUCGCCUGUCAUGACGGCGGGUCACCUGGCUCUACUGCACUUCCACAGCGAUGACUCUCAGACGGACACUGGAUUCCAUGUCACCUACGCCUCCGUUCCUGGUGUACCAGGAUGUGGUGGUCUGCUGUCCGGAACGAAAGGACGCUUUAGCUCGCCCAACUACCCAGAGAGCUACAAUCACAACAUUGUUUGCGAAUGGGAGAUCAGAGUCCCUUUAAAGGAACGCGUGGAGCUGACAUUCGAUGAUUUCGAGUUGGAAUCCGGACGGGCAUGUCGAUGGGACUACGUAGAGAUAUUUGACGGACCGGACGACAGUAGCGAACUGAAGGGCCGCUUCUGUGGAUCCACUGGGCCACAGCACAUCAAGUCUUCGGGCAGUCGAACGUUCGUCCGCUUCAAAACCGACGGCACUAACACACACCGGGGUUUCAAUGCCGUUUACAUCGCAGCCUGCGGUGGCCGCUACACGGAUCUGAACGGCACGCUAACGUCACCUGGCUACCCGAACGAGUACCAAGGAAACCGAAACUGCAACUACUCCAUCGAAGUUCCACUCAACAACGCCAUACAACUUACCUUUCAAAUGCUGGACAUUGAGGAAUCCGGCCACUGCCAAUUCGACUACGUUAAGGUAUGGGAACCAUCCAUAAACGGCACGAAUGAAAUAGCCAAACUGUGCGGACGCACGCCUCCUGAUCCCAUCACCUCAACCCUGAACCACCUGUACCUUGUCUUUCACUCUGACCACUCUGUACACCGGCAGGGAUUCUACGCCAACUACACGACCAUACCCACAGACUGUGGUGGCGUGCUCACAACAGCUGGCACCCUUCAAAGUCCAGCUACGCAACAGGGCCAGUAUCCCCAUAACUCCCGGUGCAGUUGGAUACUCCGAGCGCCACCGGGAUUUGUUGUGCGCCUCACAUUCACGGAGUUUAUCCUGGAGUCCUCCAGCGACUGCAAAUACGACUACGUGCAAGUGGCUGACUCUUCCGGUCAUACUAUAGGAAGGUACUGCGGGACGCAGAUUCCACCGGCACUCACAUCGACGGGCGAGACCCUCUUCGUCAAUUUCCGGACAGAUGCCAACGCAGCGCACGAUGGCUUCCUGUCCACCUUCGACUUUGUCAACGCCAGCAGCAUCUGUGGUCGCGACUACUACCUGUCUGAAGGCGUUAUCCGGUCGCCGGGCUUUCCUGGCUCUUACCCUUCAAGGCGUGACUGUUCCUGGAUAAUUCACGCACCGGAAGGACAGCAGAUACGUCUUAACUUCACCACGUUCGACCUCGAAGGUCCACCGUGCAGACACGACUAUCUUGAGAUACGAAAUGGCGGAGAACCUGCAGCACCGAUUGCUGGCCAGUAUUGCGCGCGAGAACCACCGCAGGGAUUCAUUUCCUAUACCAACGUUCUCCGACUUCGCUUCGUCAGCGACGACUCUGUGUCUGGCGCGGGAUUCGAGGUCAGCUACGACACGGCGCUUACUGGUUGUGGAGGCGUUGCAUCCGGUACGUCGGGCCAUAUCACGUCACCCAACUACCCACAGCCCUACGGUCACAACGCCGACUGCAGCUGGACCAUAAAGGUUUCACAAGGUUCGGUCAUCUCUGUUGUCAUCGUCGAUGUUGAUAUCGAACAACAUGCUGCGUGCAACCACGACUUCCUUGAGCUCUAUGACGGUCCGUCGAAUGCGUCACCACGCCUUGCACGUCUGUGCAACACUCCCCAGAUGGCCAUACACUAUCUAUCCACGGACGCCACGGUGUUCCUGAGGUUUCGUACAGACUCUAGCGCAGCGGGAAGAGGAUUUCACAUCGCGUACACCGCAGAGUGUAACAACGUCAUAAGAAACAAGCGGAGAGGAGUCAUUGAGAGCCCCAACUUCCCGAACUCCUACGCCCACAAUUACAACUGCACAUGGACCAUUAUGGCCCCCAUGGGACACAACGUAUCCAUGGCCUUCUCUCAUUUUCACUUGGAGACGCAUCCCAACUGCAAUUACGAUUACCUUGAAGUCAACGAGUCAACGACAGCAGAACACGACGGUCCUCCCACAGGAAAUCGCCACUUGGCCCGUUUGUGUGGGGAUCGAAUUCCUUCAAUGAUCACAUCCUCCAGUAACGUCGUCCGAGUUAGAUUUAUAACAGACGACAGUAACAGCAUGGAGGGCUUCCGUCUCGAGUACGCCUGGCAAGGAUGCGGCGGCGAAUUGCGAAAGCCCUCCGGUGCUAUCCAGACGCCCAACUAUCCCAACGGCUAUCCGCGGAACACGGAGUGCAUCUGGAACAUCCAGGUGGCGCCAGGAAGAAAAAUAGAGCUCACUUUCCGCGACUUUCAUAUGGAGAGCGCGCACGGCUGCAGUUUCGACUUCGUCCGGGUCUACGGCGGCCCAGAUGUUACUUCUCCAUUGAUAACAGAAUUGUGCGAGUCUGGAAUUUCGUGGCAAGUACUUACCUCCACUGGCAACACCAUGACCGUUCAUUUCCGAAGCGACCCUUCCAUCUCUGGUCAAGGGUUCCGUGCAACCUACGUCACACGACAGGGAGGCUGCGGCGGUAAGUUCAGUACAACAUCCACUACGUUCAUCACGUCUCCAAACUACCCUGCCAACUACAAUCCCCACGACACUUGCUACUGGAACCUGGAGACGGCUGACGGACACGUCGUCAUGCUCAACUUCCUCGACUUUGACUUGCCGCAGUCCACAAACUGUUCGCAGAGCUACGUGGCGGUGAACGAUUUCGUCAAUGGAGUGUCUUCCCAAAUCCUGAAACAUUGUGGUGGGAGCCUUCCGGAGCCUCCCUCAUUCGAAGCACGGGCAAAGGACUCCGAAGAGUCUAAAAAUAGGGAAGGGAAGAGAGUUGGACGAAGAGAGCCCCAGCGCAUGUUCCGACCCGAAGGUUGUGGAGCUACAGUCAACGUCGAUGUACCUGGCGCUAUUUCCUCCAUCAACUUCCCACACUACAGCACAUCACCAUUAGGCUCCAACUGCUCGUGGCUUCUCAUUACUAACGUCACCGGCGAAAGGGUGUCACUGACAGUAACAGACAUCGAAACACCGAUGCAAGAAUGCUCUCGUUCGAACGUCACCAUACGGAACGGACCGAGUCCUGAUUCGCCAAUCCUGGACACUUUAUGUUCCCGGUCCAUCCCUCCCACGUUCACAUCCACCGGUUCUGCUUUGUACGUGCAAUCUUACUCCGCUGUCUUCUGGGCCGGUUACUCGGCCUUUACUGCAUCCUGCGGGGGAGCUCUGGGAGGUGAGCAUGGGUUCUUUGCAUCGCCUGGGCACCCAUACAGCUAUCCCACUUCUCAAGACUGCGUCUGGACGAUAAGGACGUCGGCGGGCAACUUUUUCCAGCUCUCGGUGCUGCAACUGGACAUCGAAGCGAGCGAGUAUUGCGGCAAAGACUACCUUGAGAUCCGCGAAACCAGCAGAGGCGGUCCUCUUCUGGGACGUUUUUGUGGCACCGAUUCUCCAACAAACCUGACCCAAGCUACGGAAUUCUGGAUAAAGUUUCACUCCGACGAAGAAGGCACUGGCGCUGGAUUCAAAAUGGAAUUUUCUCUGGUAAGAGAAGUGACUCUGGAGAAAGAGAGUGGCCAGAUCGAGUCUCCGGACUAUCCAAGACUGACCUGGGUCCACGGUCGCAUCACAUGGACCAUACGUGUUCCACUAGGCCUGUUUCCACGUAUCACGUUCGACACUUUCUACAUCAUGACAGAGGACUGCGAUGUGGCCUCUCUGCAGAUUUUCGAUGGUGGAGACGCGGAGGCACUAUCUGUUGGACGGUACUGCGGCGCGCAAAACAUCGAACCUCUUCGCCUGGGCACCAGCUUGGCUGUGAUCCGUUACGAGUCCACACGUUCUAACGCCAAGUUCAAGCUCCGAUGGCAAGCUGUUAACGAUACCUACUUCCCUGGCACGACACAGUAUUCAGGUUCGCUCUGUAGUAGAAAUGUCCUCCUUCAUAACGCUACCGAUAAGACCAACAUCACCUCAAGAGGCUACCCGGGGAUGUACGAGGAAAAUGUGGAUUGCACUUGGAUCGUCAUGGCUCCCCUAAAGCGAAGGGUUUCUUUCAAGAUUGAUGCCUUGGCUCUGAGACUUGAUGAAGGGACAUCAUGGCAGUGCUAUUACGACACACUCAGGGUCUUUGACGUGACUCCUUGGACGAACGACCCACAACGGCAGUUGCUCGAGUCGUGCGGAAGACCGUCGACAUUCCCGCCACCUGUGUUUGGCUCGGGACAGUCCUUAAGGGUCGUCUUUGUGACGAGCCUCACUUACGAAAACACAAGGGGCACUGGUUUCACAGCUACAGUUUCUUCAGUCUGUGGAAGCAACGUAACAGAUACAUCGGGAGUCUUGGAAGAAUCGGACCUUCUACCUGGCGAAGUCGAUUGUCAGUGGCUCAUCAGUCCAGGCCGGCGGCGCAAGUUGAAGCUCACUCUCGAAAGCUAUAACAUCCCUUCGAGCGAUGGCGUCUGCAGGGACAACUAUAUUCAGGUUACCAGCAUUAUCUUCAAUGGUGGUUAUGAAGACUCUCCUCCCUUGGGACAAGGAAAGUUUUGUGGUACCAGCUCCUCCGAUGAGGCCCUGCCAGAAACGAGUUCGGACAAGGCAUUCGUCAGCUACCGGUCAUCCGUGGGAGGAGUGCGUUUCAGGCUGCGCUGGGAAGAAGCAUUGGCCGAGUGUGGUGGCAGGGUUGAACUGACGACUGAAAGUCCACAGCACGAGUUCCAUUCACCAGGGUUCCCUCACCAGGGACCUCCGCAUAGCACAGAAUGCUAUUGGCUCCUUCAGGCUCCGCCAGGAAAACGAAUCGUGGUUGACUUUCCUAGAAAGCUUCACAUGCGAAAUGGAUGUAACGAAGGCUCCAUGACAGACUUCGUGCGAGUUUUGGAUGGCGGCACGGAGGUUAGUCCUGAACUGGGCACCUUCUGUGGCGAGCAGCGUGUCAGGGCCGUUACCUCCACCGGGAACUUAGUCCUUGUGAAAUUCGUCCAAACGGGUAGCGGUGAUAACUACGCCGGAUUCACUGCCACUGCAAGGAUUGGUGGAUGCGGUGGAACCGUGUGGGGAGGUUCAAUUCCGGAACUAAUCCAGAAGUUGCGGUCAGGUGCCGCAUUCGACUGCGAAUGGCAAGUUAUUGCAGCGGCACCCAAUACCGGAAUCAGGUUCGUGGUUAGCUACCUCUCGCUGCCAGAGAGUCCGGGAUGCUCAGGUGAUGACUACUUCGAAGUAAGGGACGGCAACGCCACAGGACCCAUUCUCUCCCGCACAUGUGGCUCUAAUCAGUCCAUUGACGCGUCGUCGACAGACAACAAGUUAUACGUCCAUGUAAAGACAACAGGAGCUCCGCCACAGAGCCCGGCGUUCAGGCUACAUUUGUCUUUCGUGAGGAGAGCUUGCGGGGGUAUUCUGAUGGCCACCGAAGGAGACUUCCAGACGCUGGGUUUCCCAGCACCGAUGCCAAUCCACACUUACUGUCGUUGGAUCCUCGCUGGAGCUACGGGCCGACGCAUCACCGUCAAUUUCCUGGCGGGUGAUAUCUCCAACUGCGACAGCACACUGACGAUCGGAGACCAUAUAUUAGAACUGCAAGUUCCAUGCAACACUUCCUUCCCGUACGUGUACGAGUCCUUCUCCUCCCAACUCGUGGUAGCGGUGGUGCCUCCGAGACAAUCCACUGUGCACGGCUUCAGAGCUCACUACGACUCAGCGAAGGGGCUGCCAUGCUACCAGACCCGCGAAGAGCCAAGCGGUACGCUCGUUCCGACAGCAGAAGCUCUGCAAGCUAGACCUUCCAUGUGUACCUGGAGGUUCCUGCUCAAGCCCAAUGUCACUCUAGCUUACACAGUCGUUGGCGCCAACGUCACAGCUCCUAAUGUCCGCUGUAGACAAGAAUACCUUGGGGGUGACGUUUCAGACGCAGUUUGCGAACGUGGCCAGAAGCAGCGAAGCGUGAUGGAGUUCGGUGCCACGGAGCUGGUCUACGUUAAGAAGCAUUUGCAGCCUUCAGGCGGGAUCAACGCAACGUACAAAAUUAAUGAAUGUGGAGGGCGGGUCAGAGUGCAAGAAACUCCAUCGUUCUUCACCUCUCCCGCGUACCCGGAUCAGUAUACUCGUAACACAGAUUGUAUGUGGGUACUCGAAACACCCGUGUGGGACGCACAAAUCGAGCUCAACUUUACAAGUUUCGAACUGGAAAACGACUGCUCCAAGGACUAUGUGGACAUCCUCAGUGGAUUGCACGUCAGGUCGCCCAGCAUCGACAAAUAUUGUGGUGCCAGGAGACCCCCUCUGCUUCGGGGCAGGCAAUUCGUAGUCAACUUUCACUCGGAUGGCGAUGGUGCUGCCGCGGGAUUCAACUUUACCGUGUCUCUCGCGGGACUGUCUUGUGGAGGUUUCAUUCACAUACAAAGCCAGGUUGCGAUACGGACACCCAGGUACCCAUCAGCCUACCCAGCCAACACCGAAUGCGAGUGGGUGCUCGGCGGUCAAAGGGGCCAUCGUGUCAACAUCACAUUUAGAGGUCGCUUCGAUAUUCAGCAAUCUACCAGCUGUGCCAGGGACUAUAUUCAGAUUUUCAACGACGUAGACGGAUCUUGGACGUCCACCGUGAAGUACUGUGGCUUGACUAACCCGCCAACGUUUCUGAGCACUUCCCAUAGAGCUAGGCUCCUUUUCCGUUCCGAUGCAAGCAUUCAGGGUGAUGGAUUCGAAGCUAUCGCUGCCUUAGCUUGCGGAGACAAUUACACGGAUCCCAUGGGAGACAUCACGUCACCACGCUAUCCGAAUGAGUACGGAGGGAACCUCAACUGCGACUACAUCAUCGUCGUUCCACAAGGAUCCCACGUCGAAAUUGCAUUUGAUCCACAGUUCGACAUAGAACAACGGGAAGACUGCCGUUACGAUAGCCUCACAUUGUACGAGGGACCGACGGACAGUUCUCGUCAGCUUCUACGUACCUGUGGGAAGGAGGCUCCUGGAAACCUUACGAUGUCUUCAUCCGUCCUCGUGCGCUUCAAGACCGACUGGAGCGUCGCUGGCAAGGGAUUUGCCUUGUCCUACCGGGUGCUCACCUGUGGUGGCAACCUCACUGGACCCAUUGGUACCUUUGGAACUGAGCCGAAUAACUUUCGAAGUGAAUGUGUGUGGUACAUUACUGUGGAUCCAGGUCAUGCCGUCGAAAUACGUUUCCUCUCUUUGCGUGGAGGAUGGGGAGGUUCACAAGCCGGGUGCACUUACGCCAACCUUGUCAACGGCAUGCUUGUAUAUGACGGAAACAGGACCAGAAGCCAACUCUUGUACGCCUACUGCGGUCACCAAGACCAGUCACCCAUCACAAUCAGUACUAGCAACAGCGUCGUUGUUGUAGUCCAAACCAGGUUCAUCCUGCGGGAACACUACCUUGGAUUCAAGGCUCUCUACAGAGCCACACUCGGCCCUCUUCAGGGCUGCGGUGGAACCAUUCGCAUGGGUGACACAAACCGCCUCAAUGUCCGCUGGCCACGAGCUGAUGGAACCCAAUACCCGCCCGACGUGAACUGUGUCUGGCGCGUCCUUGGAAGUCCCGGAAAGAUUCUGCGGGUCAACUUCACAGAAUUCCAGCUUCAACAAAGCAACGACUCUACUUGUUCCAAUGACGUUGUCGAGGUUUGGGACACCCUGCUCAGCCGUGACUUAUCCAGGCAACGUUUCUGUGGUUCCACCGCGCCUUCUAGCAUGCUCAUGGCAGGGAAUAUCUUAUCUUUGAGAUUCAGCAGCGACCAUUUCGUGUCCGGCUCCGGCUUCAAAGCUGUCAUCACUCAAGAAGCGCCACUGUGCGGCGGUGAUUUGACAAUAGAGGCAACGGCGAAGACAGUAUCGAGUCCUGGCUUCCCAUCAGGAGCUGCUUCAGGAACCCGGUGCGUGUGGAACUUAGACGACGAGGCCGUCAUCCACUUCACGAGCUUCCACAUCCCUUGCGAGAAUGGCGCUUCACUCAUCAUCCUUUCUGUCAACAAAGGGGAACAGCCGACAGAGUUUUGUGGCGAUAGCACGCCACACCAGUACCAUACAGUGCAGGUGGCUCAGACGGACAGGCGGCGAACCAUUGUCUUCAACGCCGGAUCCGCAGUUAACCAGGCCCGCUUACAGUUCAACUACAGACGGCCCUAUAGUAAGUUAACAUUUACCUCUCACGAGUGA